AUGGCGUUCCGGAGGACGGAGGGCAUGUCCAUGAUCCAGGCCCUGGCCAUGACGGUGGCCGAGAUCCCUGUGUUCCUGUACACGACGCUGGGACAGUCUGCAUUCUCGCAGCUGCGGCUGACACCAGGUCUGCGGAAGGUCCUGUUUGCCACCGCCCUGGGGACCGUGGCCUUGGCCCUGGCCGCCCACCAGCUGAAGAGGCGGAGGCGGAGGAAGAAGCAGGUCGGCCCUGAGAUGGGAGGUGAGCAUCUGGGCACGGUGCCCCUCCCCAUCCUCAUGGCCAAGAAGACCCCGUCGGUGAAGAAAGGCUACUCCAGCCGGAGGGUGCAGAGCCCCAGUAGCAAGAGCAACGACACGCUGAGCGGCAUCUCGUCCAUUGAGCCCAGCAAGCGCUCGGGCUCCUCCCACAGCUUGGCCUCGAUGGUGGCGGUGAACACAUCCAGCCCCACAGCUGCGGGCUCGGGAACAUGGGAUGCCAGAGGGAUGGAGGAGUCUGUGAUGACCAGCGAUGGCAAUGCCGAGAGCCUCUACAUGCAAGGCAUGGAGUUAUUUGAGGAGGCGCUGCAGAAAUGGGAGCAGGCGCUGAGCGUGGGGCAGAGGGGAGACAGCGGCAGCACCCCCACACCGGGGGAACCCCGAGACCGGAACCCCGAGACCACUUCCGAGGUGCUUUCUGAGCCAGAAUCCCAGCGGAGGGAGUCUGCAGAGAAGCUGGAGUCCCUGCUGCACCGGGCCUACCACCUGCAGGAGGAGUUUGGGUCCACCUUCCCGUCCGACAGCCUGCUGCUGGACCUGGAGCGGACCCUCAUGCUGCCCCUGGCCCAGGGCUCGCUGCGCCUGCGGGUGGACGAUGUGGACAGCCUGGCCUCCGACGAGUCCUUUUUCUCUGCCACCGAGCUCUUUGAGUCCCUGCAGGUGGACGACUACCUGAUCCCGCUCUCCAGGCCCGCGGCCGCCUACGAGGAGGCGCUGCAGCUGGUGAAGGAGGGGAAGGUGCUCUGCCGGACCCUCAGGACAGAGCUGCUGGGCUGCUACAGCGACCACGACUUCCUGGCCAAGCUGCACUGCGUGCGGCAGGCGUUCGAGGGCCUCCUGGAGGACCAGACUCACCGGCUCUUCUUCGGGGAGGUGGGCCGCCAGAUGGUGACGGGCCUGAUGACCAAGGCUGAGAAGAGCCCCAAAGGCUUCCUGGAGAGCUACGAGGAGAUGCUGAGCUACGCUCUGCGGCCGGAGACCUGGGCCACCACGCGGCUGGAGCUGGAGGGCCGCGGGGUGGUGUGCAUGAGCUUCUACGACAUCGUGCUGGACUUCAUCCUCAUGGACGCCUUCGAGGACCUGGAGAACCCGCCGUCCUCCGUGCUGGCCGUGCUGCGGAACCGCUGGCUGUCCGACAGCUUCAAGGAGACGGCCCUGGCCACUGCAUGCUGGUCAGUCCUCAAAGCCAAGAGGAGGCUGCUGAUGGUGCCUGAUGGCUUCAUCUCCCAUUUCUACUCCGUAUCGGAGCACGUGAGCCCCGUCUUGGCCUUUGGCUUCCUUGGACCCAAGCCCCAGCUCGCCGAAGUCUGCGCUUUCUUCAAGCACCAGAUCGUGCAGUACCUGCGGGACAUGUUCGACCUGGACAAGGUGCGGUACACCUCGGUGCCGGCGCUGGCCGACGACAUCCUGCAGCUGUCCCGGCGCCGCAGCGAGAUCCUGCUUGGCUACCUGGGGGCGCCGGCGGCCGGCAGCGUGGGCCUGAACGGCGAGCUGCCCCGAGACAGCGGCCCCCCGGCGGAGCUGUAG